UGAACUUGCGCUACCGCCAUAUUGCCCAGUCGCCCGCGGUGUGUUUAUAUUCGUUUUAUCGUGCGUUAUUUUCUUCACUGGGCAAUACCGCGAAUUAAAUAAACCGUGAGUGCACGUAAACCCCCCUAAAAUCAACAGUCGAUCCCAUCGUGUCAUUGAUAAUUACCCGUUGUCACUCAAGUGCUAAAUUUCAUUGAUCACUUGCGAGAAAUAAUCGCGAGAAAAUAACUCAACGGGAGGUGCGUGUGUGGCCUUGUGCUUUACUGUUUUGGUUUUUAGUGUGUGUCUGACAGCUCCAUUUGUGUAUUCCGUCAAUUUCUCCGUCAACCCCCUGUGCCACAAGGACACCUGACGCCAGCUGAUUCCAAAAUGCCCGUUCGUAAACAAGGUGGUGAGUGCGAAGUGCUCAUCGAUGAUGGGCCGUCACUGACGAAAGUAAUGUCAUAUUCCUCAGCUGCAACGGGUAGAAACUUCAGCUCAGAGGCUCAUCGAGCAUUGGAGCUCCUGGAGGAUUACCGUGCCAAGCUUACAAGGCCUCAGGAUAAGCAGUUACGACUCGCCAUCGAGCGUGUAAUUAGAAUCUUCAAGAGCAGGCUCUUCCAGGCUCUCUUAGAUAUUCAAGAAUUCUAUGAGCUGACACUGCUUGACGAAUCCAAGUCCGUGCAGCAGAAGACAGCCGAGACAAUUCGCAUUGCGGACAAAUGGGAGGCAAGCGAUGGCCCAAUAACCCCAACUUUCGCUCAAAAUGAUGGUGGUCCAGCGUCAGCUUUCCCGCUGACCCAGACACUGUUGAACAUUUAUGGCCGCAGGUCGGCCAGCCCUGAUGUCCCUGUUGACCAAAGCCAGAAAAUAUAUUACCCAAGAGAUGCUACAAGAGGGGUAGAGGAUCAUCUUCCUCCUCCACCAUCGCCGCCGCUGUUGAAAGAUGCUGUCCAGCUUGAUGGGGUUCCUAGACCCAAUUCCGUGGAGAGAGUUCUUCAUGCUGAUGGCAGCCAGCAUAUUCAAGACAAGCACGAGAUGCUCAAUAAGAGCCAUGACAGCUGGCAGGGACACGAUGGCGAUCAGGCAAAUGGGGACGAUGACUUCGAAUACGAGGAAAUCGUAUUGGAGCGCGGUGGUGCAGGACUUGGCUUCAGUAUCGCUGGUGGAACUGAUAAUCCCCACAUUGGCAACGAUACAGCAAUUUAUAUUACAAAACUUAUACCGGGUGGUGCUGCCUCCGCGGACGGACGUUUGCGCGUCAAUGACACGAUACUACAGGUGAAUGACGUUACGGUCGUCGACGUACCACAUGCGACGGCCGUUGACGCACUCAAGAAAGCUGGGAACACAGUUAAAUUGUACGUCCGAAGACGAAGAAAUCCCGCCUCCCACCUAGUUGAGAUAGAACUGAUCAAGGGUAACAAGGGCCUUGGCUUCAGUAUCGCCGGUGGAAUUGGCAAUCAGCACAUACCCGGUGAUAAUGGGAUAUACGUCACGAAGAUCAUGGAGGGUGGAGCUGCCCAGGUUGACGGACGUCUCGUUGUUGGCGACAAAUUGGUGGCCGUCAGGAACACACUGGGCGAAAAAAACCUGGAGAACGUGACGCACGAGGAGGCAGUGGCCACACUGAAGGCCACCCAGGACCGAGUGGUCCUUCUCGUAGCCAAACCGGAAGGGAUCCUGCCACCCCCGCCCCCCGCCUCGGACCAUUCGCUGUCGCCACAACCACGCAAACAAAACGGUUCAGUGUCAGCCCUGGAGAACAACUCUCUCGCCUACUCUCAGGAGUCUCGUCACGCCUCAUCCCUAGCUCUUCACGGUAACCAAACACCCCGGGCUGUAUCGCAAGAGGACAUCUCACGAGAAGUGCGUACGGUGUUGUUGAAUAAAGGAACAUCGGGUCUGGGAUUUAACAUUGUUGGCGGUGAGGAUGGCGAGGGUAUUUUUAUCUCGUUCAUCUUAGCCGGUGGACCAGCUGAUCUCAGCGGCGAGCUGAGGAGGGGCGAUCAGAUACUCAGCGUCAAUGGAAUCAAUCUUAGGACUGCGACACAUGAGGAGGCUGCGGCCGCACUCAAGGGAACCGGACAAACGGUCACAAUAGUCGUUCAGUACAAACCGGAGGACUACAACAGGUUCGAAGCAAAGAUCCAUGAUCUCAAACAACAGAUAUCCCAGCAGAAUAUGACAACAGGCACCCUCAUGAGGACCUCACAGAAGAAAUCACUCUACGUAAGAGCCCUGUUCGACUAUGAUCCUAACAAGGACGACGGUCUGCCGAGUCGAGGUCUCGCCUUCCGUUACGGUGAGAUACUCCACGUCACGAAUGCGAGCGAUGACGAGUGGUGGCAAGCGAGAAGGGUCACCCCACAGGGUGACGAGGAGGGCUUGGGGAUUAUUCCGUCACGCAGAAGGUGGGAGAGGAAGCAGCGGGCUCGAGAUCGCUCUGUCAAGUUUCAGGGACACAUGCCCGUUAUAUUGGAUAAGCAAUCAACAUUGGAUAGAAAGAAGAAGAACUUCUCCUUCAGCAGAAAAUUCCCCUUCAUGAAAAGCAAAGACGACAAGUCUGAGGAUGGCUCUGACCAAGAACGGUCGCCCACCACACCCGAGAAUGAAAACGAUCCUACUCCAUUCAUGCUGUGCUACACCCAGGACGACACCAACACCGAAGGAAGUAAAGAAAUUUUAUAUCGCGUUGAACUGCCCUAUAUGGAAGAACUGACCUUAGUUUAUCUGGAAAAGGAGGGCGAUGAGAAUGUUGAGGAGCUUAGCAGCGAGGAGAAUGUCCUGUCUUAUGAACCAGUUCAGCAACUCACCAUUCAGUACACUCGUCCAGUUAUUAUUCUGGGCCCACUGAAGGAUCGUAUCAAUGACGAUUUGAUCUCGGAAUUCCCCGACAAAUUUGGCAGCUGUGUACCACACACAACGAGAAGUAAAAGAGAAUACGAAGUCGACGGUCGUGAUUACCACUUCGUAGCGUCGAGAGAACAAAUGGAGCGAGACAUUCAGAAUCACUUGUUCAUCGAGGCUGGACAAUACAAUGACAAUCUGUACGGUACAUCUGUCGCUUCCGUACGAGAAGUUUCUGAAAAGGGUAAACACUGUAUCCUCGACGUGAGUGGUAACGCAAUAAAAAGGUUACAAGUCGCCCAGUUGUACCCAGUCGCCAUCUUCAUAAAGCCGAAGUCCGUAGAAUCCGUGAUGGAAAUGAAUAAGAGGAUGACUGAGGAGCAGGCCAAGAAGACGUACGAACGUGCUCUGAAAAUGGAACAGGAGUUUGGAGAAUAUUUCACCGCUGUCGUUCAAGGCGAUACCCCCGAGGACAUCUACCUAAAAGUCAAGGAAGUCAUCAACGAGCAGUCUGGCCCAACCAUCUGGGUGCCAUCUCGAGACCAGCAACUGUGACGUCCUGCCCCCCAUGACCAGCCCAGUCCGAAUCCCUGGACACUACCCCCAAGGCGUAAUGAGUAGUAAAACCCAACGACUUCUGCCACAAAAUCGAAAUGAAAAGCAAAAGCGAAAAUCUUAAGAGAAAACUUCCAACUUUCGAACUUCUGCGCCUUCCCCCUUCCUCCCCCCCCCUCCCCCCCGCCCCUACGGUAAUUACUACCUAAAUUAGCACAAUUUUUGAUAGAGGCUCGUCUGUGCGAUAUUUCUCGUUGCCUCAAGGAAAUUGAAGAAUUGAAAUCACAAGAGAAUUAAAUGACGAUGAGACACGUUAAGGUAAUUUUACCCUCGAUAUGGUCGUGUUUAUUUGAGAUGAUUCUGUUGAAUAAUCGAGUUAUGAUGAAAAUAUUCACGUGAGAUAUUUUAAGAUGAUUUUUUAUCAUUUGUUUUAAUGAUUUGAGGGAUGAAAACUGGAGAUUUGAGGAAGUUGGAGAGUAUUGGGGGAUUUUUUUGAGAAUAUCUCGAGAGCGAGUGGGUUUAGAGAAAAAUGCCAGAAUUACUUUUUGUAGAAAAUUUUAGAAGCUGUAAAAAAGGUCUAGAGACAUUUUCUUGUAAGAUCGAUUGUUAUCGAGUUAAAUCGAUUUUUAACAGAUGAUAAAAUCGAUCAUUUCACUCAUUACGUGAAUUUGAUUGAUCAAUUUGUUAAUUAUCUCAGUAACGAGUAGUUUUAGAAAAAAAUGUCAGAGGAACUUUUUUUAGAGAAUUUCAU